AACGCGCUCAGCCUUUGCACGGGUUCCUGAAGACCAGGCGCAGACUCCAGUCUUCACUUUCUCCUUGGUUCCGCCCAGCUCGCUCCUGCGGGGCGGGACGAAGACCGGAGGGGCGGUGCUGCAAGGAGCCAGAGGAGCAGAGGCUGGGGCCCGGGGGCUGGUCGGAGCUUCUGGAAGCAAGAUGCAGGACCCCAACGCAGACACCGAGUGGAAUGACAUCCUACGUAAAAAGGGCAUCCUUCCCCCUAAGGAGAGCCUGAAGGAGCUGGAGGAGGAGGAGGAGGAAAAGGAGGAGCAGCGUCUCCAGCAGUCAGUGGUGAAGACAUAUGAAGACAUGACCCUGGAGGAGCUGCAGGAGAACGAAGACGAGUUCAGUGAGGAGGACGAGCGAGCCAUCGAGAUGUACCGGCAGCAAAGGCUGGCCGAGUGGAAGGCCACUCAGCUGAGGAACAAGUUUGGAGAAGUUUUAGAGAUCUCGGGGAAGGAUUACGUUCAAGAAGUCACCAAGGCCGGCGAGGGCUUGUGGGUGGUCUUACACCUGUACAAACAAGGGAUUCCCCUCUGUUCCUUGAUAAACCAUCACUUGAGUGGGCUUGCCAGGAAGUUUCCCGAUGUGAAAUUUAUCAAAGCCAUUUCAACGACCUGCAUACCCAAUUACCCCGACAGGAACCUCCCCACGGUGUUCGUCUACCGGGAGGGGGAUAUCAAGGCACAGUUCAUCGGUCCCCUGGUGUUCGGUGGCAUGAACCUGACCAUAGAUGAGUUGGAGUGGAAACUGUCUGAGUCAGGAGCAAUCAAGACAGAGCUGGAGGAGAACCCCAAGAAAGCCAUCAAAGACGUGCUGCUGUCCUCAGUGCGGGACCCCGUCCCCAUGAGGAGGGACAGCGAUUCCGAGGACGAGGACGACUGAGAUAGCAGUGACGCAGCCUUUCGAACUCUCUUGAUAGGACGCAUUGUCUGGAGUUUCAAUAAGGAGGGAAAAGCAAUAAUUUAUCCUUUUCGGUUUUAACCUUUUUAUAAUUAUUUAAAUUUUAUACAUUUCAGAUAUAAUCAUUGCUGAAAUUUUUUAAGAAAUUUGUUGGAACUCUUUAUAAUGUUUCUUUAAGAAGAAUUUAAGCAAGCUCUUAUGUCACAUAUCCAUGUUUUCCUACAUGUGUUUCAGCAAACCCUGUGACUGUUUAGUAUCUUUUGACAUGCAGCUAUAGAGAAAGGAAUGUGGAGUUUAAAAACACAAUGCAAAUAAAUUAAGUUACAAACUAAAACAUAACAGUGCAGAAAAAAAGAACUCGGCCUUAUAGUUAAGUCAGACUGUCCAUUUUCAUUUUAUAAAGCUAGCAAAAGAAAUAUCAGCUGAUAGAAAUGACUGAUAAUUUUGAGACAAAUACUGUCUUAUCAAACUAGCUGACAGAUUUCAGCUUACGCCAUGUUUGUAUUCAGGUCAGUCUUCCAGUUAACUAACGUGUGUCUCUGGCUGUUAAGACACCAGCUGUUCUUUGUGGUGGCACAUGCUUUUAAUCCCAGCACUGGGAGACAGGCAGGCAGGUCAUGUGAGUUCAAGGCUGGUCUGGCUUGCAGGGCCAGGGCCACAUCACCAAGACCCUGUCUCGAAGCCAAAAACAGAGCUGUUCUUGGCUCUAAGGUCCUGUUAGGUUCGGCUUGGGGGACUGAGGUUUAAGCACACACAUGUAAGCUCUGUCCUAGCUGAUUUAUAAAAAUGUCUCGGGAUACUAUUUGAGUCAGAAUCCUAUAAAUUGAUGAUGAAAGCUGAAAAGUAUCUGUAAUAUUUUUGUUGAAUGUGGUAACAUGUAUAGCUGAUUGGAACCUUAGAGAUAAGAGUCUAAGAAUACUAGAUUUGUUCAGAUUAUAUUGUAAAACUUAUUUCUUGUUGUAAUCCCAAGACUGACAGUGUGAGAAUGCCUUGGUUUCUGUUACUGGGGGGCCCACUACACUGCUGAACAAAAGCCAUUUGGAGUGGUUUCCUUCGGACAUGCUUGUGAAGUUUUAACAGCAGGGUUGGAAAAGUCUUGGGUUUUGUUGCUGGUGAAGAUCCCAUGUGGCUUGUAGGAGCGCUGCGGCCUUACAGUUUCUGCCGUGGCUCACAGCUGCAGUUUGAUGCUGUGUUUGCCGUAGAGCAGUGGUUCUCAACGUGUGGGCCGUGACCCUUUUGGGAGCCACAGUUUAGAUAGUUACCUUACAAUUCAUAACGGUAGCAAAAUUACAGUUAUGAAGUAGCAACAUAGAAAAUUUUAUGGUUGGGGUCACCACAGGAUAAAGAACUGUAUUAAAGGGUCAUAGUGUUUGGAAGGCUGAGGACCAGUGAAUUAAGUGGAAUUUUUACACUAAGAGAGAGGUAGAACCAGGAUGCAGGCAGUGUACACAGUGUUGGGGAGCUGCAGGCUCAGUUCUCAGGGCAGGACCCGGAUGCAGGCAGCGUGCAGUGUUGGGAAGCUGUGGGUAACAGUCACUUAACUGGGUUGAUCUAAAUGUGAACACUACCUCCAUGCCAGACAAGGGCCUUGCUGAUGAUACAGGAAUGGCAAGAUUGGAACACGGCAACAGCUCUGAAGCCUGUGACUCUGACCAGUGAGCCCCACCCUCUCACAGGGUGCCAGCACCCAGGCAGCUGUCCCGCCUCUGUCUGCACCUGCUCUAGCCGGCCAGCAGCAUCUUCAUCAAUUGGGAUUGGGAUCAGAGCCUGAGCUGCUGGUGUCUGCAGUUUAUCUAAUUUCUCUGGUGGCAUUCGCACCACCCUCUGCUGCUGCAUUUCUUUUACAUGUGACAAAGGUGGAGAGGUGUGGUUCUUUUUUGUCUAUAAAAAAAAUUAUUACCCUUUUCACUUA